AUGCGCCAACCACCAAAGAAGGAAGAGCCCAAAUCAAACGAGCGGAACGAGUACAUCCCCUCUUUCAUCGCCAAGAAGCCGUUCUACAUUGACGGAGAUGAGAAAGACUAUCUCGAGCAUCAACGUCUGCAGUCGGAGAAGAACAGCGACCCUCUCGGCACCUCAAAAUGGUACGAUCGCGGCAAGAAGGUCGCGCCCGCUGCGACAAAGUAUCGCAAGGGUGCUUGCGAGAACUGCGGGAGCAUGAGCCACAAGGAGAAGGACUGUUUGCAGCGGAAGCGGAAGAAGGGUGCGCGCUGGACCGGCAGGGAUAUUGCGGCGGAUGAGGCGGUGCAGGACGUCAACCUGGGCUGGGACGCGAAGAGGGAUCGGUGGAAUGGGUUCGAGGCGGGCGAGUAUGGAGAAGUGGUGGAGGAUUACAGGGCCAUGGAGGAGAUGAAGAAGCAGGCGGUGGCGGGCGAGGAGGAUGACGCCGAGGGAGAGGAGAAUGUAGACGGAGACAAGUACGAGGCAGAGACGGAUAUGGGGAGGAAGCAGGCUACGUCUACCCGCAACUUGCGAUUACGAGAAGACACGGCCAAGUACUUGCUCAACCUGGACCUUGAGAGCGCUAAGUACGACCCAAAGACCCGGAGCAUGCUAGACCCAGACACUUCGACCAACGAAUUGAUAGCCGAAGAUGGCUUCCAGAAGGCUUCCGGCGAUGCAGCCGAAUUCGAGCGGGCAUCACGGCACGCAUGGGAGACGCAAGAACGCGGCGACAAGGACAAGAUUCAUCUCCAAGCCAACCCCACUGAAGCUGUGUUACUCCGCAAACGCAAGGCAGACGAGGAUUUGGUGAAGAAGGAGUCGCAAAAGAAGGCCUUGCUUGACAAGUACGGCAGCCAAGACACUGUUGCGAAGAAGAACGCUCUUGCUUCGGCGGGCGUCACGAGUAACGAGCAGUACGUUGAGUACGACGAGCGCGGCAGGAUCAAGGGCGCACUGGAGAAGAAGGAGAAGAGCAUGUACGCGGAAGACGUGCUCAUCAACAACCAUACCUCCGUUUGGGGGAGCUGGUGGCAAGACUUCAAGUGGGGUUACGCGUGCUGUCACAGCGUUGUCAAGAAUAGCUUCUGCACUGGUGAUGAGGGACUGCGAGCUGCGGAAGAGGCUGAGCGCUUUUCGAAGGGCCUGACUCUACCCACUGCUGGAGAAGCGGAUAAUGCUACGGAGGUCCCGAGGACCAUCGCGGAGGCGAGCGAGGAGCGAGAUGAAGAGCACGUGCCGAAUGGUGUUGAUAGACCGGAGAAGCAGAGCAUGGAUGAGAGCCGGCGGCGGCUGGAGGAGUUGAAGGCUGGUGUGACAGAAGCAGAGAUGGAGAAGUAUCGGAAGGAGAAGACUAGCAAGGCUGAUCCGAUGGCAGCGAUGCUAGGGAAAGAUGAGUUGCUUUAG